GUAGAAAACUUUUUAUUUGGGAGUGCACACUGCAGUGAUGCAAGUUCUUUUUUUAACAUAUAUCUAAAUGACAGUAGUAGUAUAUUUGCCCUGUGAACAUUUUUUAUACUGACCAUUUAAAUCUUACGAACUGUGACGAAAUGAUUGCUCUCCAUUUGGAUUGUUCAGGAGAUAUCCUCAAAUACGUUAUUUGGACUGUCUUUACGUUCCAUUCCAGUUCCAUUUGCACGGUGACUUUUUUUGAUACAGGCUUGAAACCUUUUCUGUUUUCGACAGCUUAUUGUCAAAAAGUGUAAAUUGUGUAAACGUAUGUUCCCUGCUCCGUAAACCUGCAAUGAACUGCACCCCUAAUGCCACAGUCAUUCCCCAACUGGGACUUGAUGGACCUUCCCAUGGCGGUGCUGGAGGUACCGGAGGCCUGUGGGUGACUUCUCUACUUGGUGCCACUUUGAUUGUCAUGUGUGUCGUGGGAGUGGCGGGCAACACAUACACACUCAUCAUUACGCGCUCAGCUGCUUUGUGCCGGACCGGUUCUAUGUAUGUUUACAUCGUUAAUUUGGCCCUGGCUGACCUGCUCUACCUCUUCACCAUCCCCUUUGUCGUCUGCACCUACUUUGCCCAUAACUGGCUGUUUGGCGAGGCUGGCUGCCGGAUCCUACUGAGUCUCGACCUUCUCACCAUGCACGCCAGCGUCUUCAUUUUGGUUGCCAUGAGCAUGGAGCGUUACCGCGCUGUUGUCAAGCCCUUCAGCGCGCACAGGUCUUCGUCCCGCAACAGACGCCUUGUGGCAGGGGUUAUUUGGGGGUUAGCUUUCAUGCUGACGCUCCCCAUGAUGGUAAUGAUACGGCUCAGAGAGGGAAAGCCCACUGCGGCUGGAUUGGUCAAGAGAAUGUGUUUCCCCACCUGGACGCCCGAGGCUUUCAGGGCGUACAUCACAGUGCUGUUUCUCACAAGUGUUUUAGUCCCUGGACUGGUAAUCGUCGGACUGUACGCCAGGCUGGCCAGGCGCUACUGGACAGUGCAAACCAGUUUAGGAGGAAGCAGCCGCUCCACUCGGAGGAGAAGACUCAAACAAAAAGUCGUAUCAAUGAUUUUAAGCAUUGUAGUCGCUUAUUGGGCUUGUUUCUUACCUUUUUGGGGAUGGCAACUGGCCAAGCUUUUCUCUCCAGACUCUCUCAAGUCUUUGUCUCCAGCUGCUCAUAAUUAUGUCAAUUUCUUUGUCACAUGCCUGACCUACGGAAACAGCUGCAUUAACCCGUUUCUUUAUACUCUUUUGACUCGAAACUAUAAAGAUUAUUUAGCCCAGAAAGGUCAGUCUGUGGGAUCGAGCAGGACUGAUCCUGCCUCAGCUGUGACAACCCCUCUCCAGGACUUUUAGUUAGUGAGCAUAAAUUCACCAGUCUGAGAAAAUACUUUUUGACUGUAUGAAAACAAUUUUAGGUUUUUUCGAAAUUAAACUCUCACCUGAGAUAUAUAGGAUACAUGAACCUUCAUUCAAUAACUUGUUUAAUUUCUUUAUUCAGUAAUUGUGUUUUAUUAUUUGGAAAUAAUAGAACCAGGUGAACUGGAUUGAUUGGAUUUAGUUUGCGUUUCAUGUGGUUUGUGUGUUUCAAAGUGUUUUGGGAUUUUUACUGUUGCCAUAUCUUGCUUUGUAAUUAACUUUAUAAAUGGUGGAUUUGACUAAAAAUCACAGCAAAUACAUUGUCAGAGUUUGGAAGAACAUUUGUUUUAGCGCUAUAGCUUCUUACACAUAAUGCACAUGUACAGGAUGAAUAAAUAAGCAGGUACUGAUCAUUUUCAUGAGCAAGGAGCAGGUAAUAAUGCAGGGCAUACAGAAGCUCAAGAAGGAGUAAUGGGUGCAGUGGGAGCAAAGGUUCUUGUGAUCAAAUGAGGAAAACAGCUAAAUAUUCUUUGAUAUCUUCAAAAAACUAACAUGAGCAUUGAUUUUGCCUGAAGGUAUAAGACAAUGCAGAAAUCAUCAGUGAAAAGAAUUUAGCCUGAAGCUUUAAGGCUGGUCCACAGGAGCAUAACAGUACAAGAAACAAAAUUAAAAGUCUUGUUAUACAUACAAAGUUUUUAUGAUCGGUUGAGAAAAGAUUGUGAAAAAAUCUCAUGACCAUUGUGCCAAAUUGCCAGUAACAUCGUCACUGACAUUUUCUUUAAAUGACAAACAGCUGCACAUCAAGAGAGUUUUUAACACCCAAAGUCCCAAAAUCAGAGGAACUCAAGUGCAUUAGUUGUCUAAUGAUGUGAAAAACCAAAGGUAAACAUUUUAAGUUAAUUGAACUUGGAAAUCACAAACAUGCAUUUGUGAUACAGAACAGAGUAGCCGCUGCUACUAAAUCCUGCAUUGUGUGUUAGCUUUGUUGUAAUUUACAUAGCAUGGUGAAAGUCUUCAUUGUAAAACAACUGAAAAACACUCCUUGUUUCCCAAUUGCAUGAUGCGAAACAAGAGUAGGAGGAAAUAAAACUUGUUUGGUUUACAUUUUCUGGCUUUCAUGAUGUCAUUCAUAUAUUUUUAUUAACAUUUCA